GUCCGCGUGUUGCCAUAGCAACCACCAAGCCGUGAGAGCUGUGGGAAGCAAGGAUAACGCGCUCGAGGCUCGCAAGAGCAAAAGUAGCUGCAUUUCGCAAUGCUGACCUCAAAGGUGCAGGCUGUCCACUCUGCUCUCCAAAGUUUACCCCUGAAGAUGCCAGAAGGAUUCAGAUCAAAAGUAGUGGCGCCGAGAAAUCCCAAGCUGGUAAAGCAUGAAGACAGAGCCAGAAGGCUGUCUCCAUCUGUGUAUGCACGUGAGAUGUCUCAGACUACAGAAGAGCGAUUAGCUAAUACACACGAGAUGCAUCCACCUCAUAUUCUGGAGCUGUUAGAUAUGAGUGAGACAACGCACCAAAAGUUUUCAGCCAUGGAUAUGGACCAGCCUUUUUUCCAGCCUUACCCAUCCGAGAUUGUGUUCCAGAACUACAUGCCUUCUGAGACGUACGAGGUGCCGCUGGUUUUGCGCAAUAAUGACAAGAUCCCACGCUUGGUAAAAGUGGUUGAGGAAGACUCCCUGUAUUUCAAGGUGGUCAGUCCUGUAGACGUGUGCAACAAAGUGGCCCCAGGCAUGGCCUGCACCUUCACCGUUCUCUUCACCCCAGAGGAGAACAAGGAUUAUAUCCACAGACUGAUCUGUGUGACUGAGAGGGAGAAGUUUGAGGUGCCCAUCAGGGCAAUUGGGGCACGUGCAAUCUUGGACUUUCCCGACCACGUCCACUUUCCUCUGUGUCCAGUCAAGUGCUCAUCACAGAAAACUCUACUGGUGCGCAACAUUGGGAAUGGCGAAGCCAGCUUUCACCUCAGCACACAGAGCCCUUUCUCUGUAGAACCUCCAAUAGGGACUCUUGGUGUGGGAGGGAGCAUGCAGGUGACUGUUGACUUUCUACCAACAAUUACAGGAGACCACAGCCAGCAGCUGUUGCUCCACUACCACACAGGAGAGGAUGUCUACAUCAGUUUGUAUGGAGCCUCCACAGAUGUCAGUGUAAGACUGGACAAGAACUCAGUGCUGGUGGAGAAGACUUACAUCACCAUGGCCAACCAGCGCACAGUGGCCAUCCUGAACAGAAGUGACACCAUAGUGCAUUAUCAGUGGAAGAGCUUUGCCACCGAGGAAGAAGAGGAGCAGCACAAACUAAGGUUCCAUUCAGAAUUGCAGCAGGAGGAGGAGGAUGAGAUGGAGCAGUUUCUGACUGAAUGUAACGCUGAUCCCACUCUGCGCGACCGCCUCUCGCUGCUCUCGCGCAGCUUUCAGCAACGGCGCAAGCAUCUCCGUCAGGACCGCCUAGCUUUCAGUGACCAGCACAUCAUCAUGGAGCCCCAGGAGGGGGACAUCUGGCCAAACCGGACAGCAGAAAUCAGCAUCAUCUUCAAGCCCAAAGAAGCCAGACUCUACCAACACACUGUGUACUGUGACGUCACAGGCAGAGAGGCCCGUUUGCCACUGCGUAUAAAGGGGGAGGGCAUAGGACCCAAACUGCAGUUUAACUUUGAUCAGCUGGACAUGGGGAGCAUCUUCAUUGGGUCCAAGCACAGCUAUGAGGUGCUUGCAAGCAAUAAGGGACUUAUAGAUGCCCCAUACAGACUGGUGCCUCCCAGUACAGCUAUGGGAUUAUGCUUUUCAUUUAACCCUACUGAGGGAAUGGUGCCAUCUGGGGCUUGCCAUGCUCUGGAGGUCCGCUUCUCCUCAGACAAACUGGGCACGUUCUCUGAAGAGUUUCACUUCACUGUGGUGGGGAACCCCGAGCCUCUCAGCCUCACCUUCAGGGGGUGUGUAAUGGGCCCGAUGUUCCACUUCAGUGUCCCGGAGCUCAACUUUGGCGAGGUGUCCUUUGGCUUUCCGAACAUGUUGACCUGCUGGCUUAGCAAUACCUCACUGGUACCAAUGAGCUUUGGCCUGCGGAUCCCUGGGGAUGGCACGGGGAGGCACAGUGUGACCAGUAUGGAGCAGGUCUCACAGCUGGACAGGAAUGAGUGGAGGCCAGCAGACAAGUUAUCUGAGAGGCCCAGAGAAUUCAAAGUGACACCUAGUGCAGGCACCAUCCGGGCUCAGAGCCAAAUGGACAUCCAGGUUACAUUGUGCUCCAACACUGUGCAGCAGUACACGCUCGCUCUGGUGGUGGAUGUCCAGGGGGUGGGUGAGGAGGUCUUGGCUCUCCCAAUCAGGGCCAGGUGUGUCGUUCCUGAAGUCCGCCUAGAGAGCUCCGUGCUUCAGUUUCAGCACUGCUUUGUGGGUUACCCCUAUCAGCAGUCUGCCAAGCUGAUCAAUGACACGGACCUCCCAGCAUGCUACGGCCUUCUGGCUCAGGAGUAUGAGGAAAACCCAUCUUUGCUGUACUCUAGUCCUCAUCCACGAGGAGUUAUUCAGCCAUACAGUACAGAGCAGAUCCCUCUGGUUCUCCAGGCCAAAACAUUGGGUCAACUGCAACUUAGAGCUUUCAUUGCCAUACUAGGCCAACAGGGUCCUCCGUUGGAGCUGCUCCUGUCUUGCAUCGGCCAGGGCCCUGAAAUCUCCCUCUCUGCUACCGAGCUGCACUUUGGCACCAUCCCAGUGCUUACUGAUGUCCCAAGGACGCUGCAGCUGUCCAACCAGUCUCCCAUCCCGGCCCGCUUCCAUGCACAAAUGGCGCGGAGCAGGUCUCAGUGGCGUGUGGAGCCCACAGAAGGAGAGGUCGCGCCAGAUGGGCAGCUUGAACUGAGGCUGGUGGCCCACCUUGACGACACACUGCCCUUCCAGGACAAACUGCAGCUGGCCAUCAGGGACAGUCAUAUCCACACAGUUACCACCUCGGCUGUAGGCAAGGGCACCACUAUAGUCACCGACCGGCCCUUUGCCCCCAGCCUGGACCUGGGAGCCCACUUCAGUUCCGGCUCGUGUCAGUACCACUUUAGAGUGACCAACAGAGGCGGCCGAUUGCACCAGCUCUACUGGUCUACAGAGGGCUUUCCACAAUUCCGACGCAGAGGCCCACCUCCCACCAGCAUGUCCAGGGAGGGGAAAGCCAGGAGUCCACUGGUGACUCCACCUCUGGAUGCCCCCGUCUUCACCCUGUCACCUGUGUGGUUGGAGCUUGCCCCGGGUCAAUCGGCUAACAUGCUGCUGGAGGGCUCCUGCGACACGCCCAAAGUUGUGAGGGAGAGGCUGGUAUGCCAUGCUGUUGUGGGACAUCAGACUGCUAAGGAGCGCAUCAUGACUGUGGAUAUCACUUGCCGUUUCAUUGCUCCAGUUUUGGACAUGUCCUCCCAGCAGCUCCACUUCUAUGUGGAGAAGGUUCCAGACAUGUCUUUGGUGCCUCUGUACAAGAGAUUGAGUCUGAAGAACGUUUCCACACUGACCUUCGCUAUGGACCUCACCGUGGCUGAGCCUUUUGGACUCUGUGACCAUGCGGGUGAUGACUCAUUCACCACCUCAAAGAGUUUGGUGCUGGGCGUAGGUGCAGAGACAGAGCUGUGGGUUCGCUUUGACCCCUUGUACUGGUCAGAUCUUGUAAGCCGUGUGGCUGAGGAGGUUCUGGAGGUGCGAUACAGUGGGCACCCUCAGUGUGACGCUGUGGCUCUGCGAGGUGAGGUGCACUUUCCCAACUUACACUUCUCCAGCCGUGUGGUGGACUUUGGCUGUGUGCUCAACCACACUGAGGCCCAACAGCAGAUCACCUUGACCAACUGCAGCCCACUCCCCGUCUCCUAUCGCUGGGCCUUCCUGCUGGACCAGGAGCAGUACUCUAUCAGGCAAAUUGAGGUCCCUAAAGCUCAGAUGGAAGAAGAGGGGCCAGAUGAUAAGAUAGAGUCCAACACGGAGACCAAGGAAGGGAGAUUUUCUCCGAAAGAGCCACCUGCAACUUUUGGACAGGAUGUUCUGGGACUAGAUGCAGGGCUGGUCCAUGGCAAUCACACGUUUACCUCACAUGACCAAGAGAACAGUAGAGUGUCCCCAGCACAGAGACCUACUCAGACCAAGCUGGAACUCAGCGCAGCUUGCCUGACCAAAGAGAGCCCUAAUGUAGGAGUGGAAGAGAUAUUCGACCUCUUGCCAAUCUAUGGGCUACUUCAGCCUGGUGAGAGUCAGCUGGUGAAUGUCUCGUUCUUUGGCCAUGCUGACAUCAGUGCUCAGGUGCUGGCACUGUGUGAGGUUGAGGAAGGUCCUACAUAUGAGAUCACCCUCAAGGGAGAGGCAUCGGUGGUCACCUAUGUCCUGGACACAACUGACAUAAACUUAGGCCAUCAGCUGUUUGACCAAGUGGCAGAGGCGGAAAUCACUUUAAGGAACACUGGGAAGGUGGGUUUUGACUUCAGUGCUCUGCUGGAAGAUCAGCAGCUGUCCCCUGAUGACCCUUUACCUGGCCAACCCCUUGUUGUUCCCAGCACGGGCCACGUAGAGGCCAAUACAGAGAUAAAGCUCGCUGUGUACUACCUGCCUGGAAUCCCAGAGGUUUUUCAGAAGACUUUGCAGUUGCAGGUGGCUUUCUUUGAGCCAGAGAUCAUUACACUGAAGGGAGAGGGCAUCUUCCCUAGAGUGGUCCUGGACCUGCCUAGAGACCUGGAUGCAGAGCGGUAUGGCUCAGUGCUGAAGGAGGCUAAGGAGGUGGUAGAGAGUGAAAGACAAAGAGAAGAGGGGCUGAGCAGGCCUGUUACAGGGGAAGGAGAGCUGCACGAAGAUGAUUACAUCCCUACUUACAAUGCUUUGCUGCAGAUGGAAGUUGAGAGGCUUCUGGUCAAGGAAAAUGCCAUAACCAUUGAAAAACCCCAAAGAGACCCUGAACAAAGAGAAACAUCCAGAUCCAGCAGCAAAUGGCGCAGAAAGCUUAGCAGGUUUGUUUUGCCUGAAUAUGUCCUGGACUUUGGCUAUGUGAUCCAUGGCAGUGUCCCUACUCACAUUGUGAAAGUGACCAACACUGGACCUGCACCUGUUUCUUUUAGAGUUGAACGCAAUUCACUUGCAGGCACAGGAUUCAGCACAGAGUUGGACAGGGUGAAGAAUCUGCCCUACUGUGAGACAGAGACAUUCGAACUGAAGUUUGAUCCUCGUGGUGCAAAUCUAGAGCUUGGGGAGAUUACCUCUGUAAUGCCAAUACAGGUGUUGGGGGGUCCUACAGUGCAGGUGCGUCUGCAUGUGGUGGUCACCAUGCCCUCCCUCACAGUCUCCACAGAUGUGUUACAGUUCAACAAUGUGCAGUGUGGCCUGUGUCAAGUGGCUACAGUGCAGCUCUAUAACCCUCAGCCAGUGCCCUGUGAGUGGAGCAUCAGGGAAGAGGAGCAGCCCAAGAAGAAGACAGAGAAACACGUUCCGCUUCAUCUGAGACGGAAGACCCGUUUUGAGAAGCCACCCUCUCCGGUCAUCUUUGAAAUGUUGCCCUCGACAGGCGUGCUGUAUCCGGGCAACAGGGUGAACGUCCAGGUCAAAUUCAGCCCAGUCGAAGGGAGGGCGUACAGAGAGAAGCUGGUGGUGGUGGUGGCCCAGAGCACCCAGCGGGUCCUACUGCUGGCCCAGGGCCAGGGACAGGAGCCCCAGCUGGAGUUCUCCACUUCAGUGCUGGAGCUGGGCCCUGUACUGCCCUACAGUGGUGGGCAAGAAGCUGAGGUGGUGGUCCGCAACCCUUGCCCCUUUCCCAUUGAGUUCUACUCGCUGGACUUUGACAAGCAGUACCUAGAAGAAGAGAAGAUCUUGCGGAUGAUGAAAGGGUACGAUGCACAGAAUGUGUUGCUACUGCCCCCUCGUGCCCCCGGCGAGCCUCUUCCAGCUGAGGUCCUGGACUACUACAAAGAGCACCAGUCCCAGGAUUCUGAGCAGGAGUUCAAGGCUGGCUCAACUAAAGAGGACGAAGCUACUGAUGCUGGGAAGAAGGGGGCGGAUGUGGGGCAAGAGGAAAAUGUUCCUAGUUCCCCACCUGCGGAGAACAGGGUAGAGGCAACAGCUGUACAGUCCAAAGACAGGAUAACCAUUGGCACAGGCCUGGUCAAAGAAGAUAGCAAAACCAACCGUGUGGGUGAUCUGGAGAUGAACCCUGUGUCCAGAGCCAUCGCCCGUUACAUGGGCAUCGAUCUGUCACCAGAGGGCCAGGCUGCUCAUAAUCGCAGGGGCAUUGCCAUCAUAGUGCAUGGUGCUCCACUCUCUGGAAAGACAGGAUUGGCAGUGAGCUUGGCGAGGCAUUACGGCGUGGCGUUUCUGAGUAUUGAUGGAAUAGUACAGGAAGCCAUGUCAUCUGGAUCCAGCAUAGCAGCCAUGCAGGCAAGAGAACUGUGUGGAGUGGCUGUAACGGAGCUCAAUCAGGGGACAACAGAGGAAGCGGCUCCAACUGUGCCAGUUGUAAUGAGUGCUGCAGGUCAGGCUGAGGGGGUGCUCAGUGUUGAGGCUGUGGCCAGACACACUGCAGAGAGCAGUCAGGCUACUGACCCCAAAGCCCCUGCAUCCACUGUCUCGACCCACAACAAGACCAGCACCACAGGAUUGAAGAGGAAUAAUGGCUCCAGUCUCACUGCUGUUGCCAUGGCUGGUCAGGUUCAGAAGCUUCCAAGUGAGAGUGCAAGUCAGACGGGUGAGCUGGGAGCUGGGAGCACCAUAUUGCCUGAUGAUCUGCUGAUAGGGAUCCUGUCAGAGAGACUACAGCUUAGUGACUGUCACCGUGGUGUUGUGAUUGACGGUUUGGAGACGCUGUAUUGCCGCUCUCCGAGCUCCGUGCUCCAGAUAGUCCUCAAAGCCUUCGACAACCGCAGGCAUAUCUACGUGAUCAACCUCAACAACAGCUACUACGCUUUCAAAGCCAGAGAGAGAGAGCAGGCGGAGGCAGCUGAGGCCUUGCAAAGGGAGCAAAGGGAGAGAGAACAGCUCAGACUGCAGGAGAUGGAUGAGGAAGAGUAUGAUGAACUGCCUGAGGAAGAAAAAGAAUGCAUAAACCGGCAACAUCUGGAGGUGCUGAGGGAGAACAAACGCAGGGAGCAGGAGAGGCUACAGCGAGAGCAGGAGGAGAAGAAGCAGCAGGAGGAGUUAAAGAGGCUACGAGAGGAGGAGGAGAUGAAGAAAAAAAACAAGAAAGGAAAAAAGGAGACCUCUAAAGAAGAUGUCUUAGGAAAGAGAAGCCAGCUUGGAGUGAAACAGUCAGGUUUUACAUUGCACCCUGAAUCCAAACUGGACGAGUACUCUAGGGAGGAGAGAAGGAUGUCUUGCAUGGAUGGCAAAGAUACCACAGACUCACCUCUGGAAAGCGGCAGAGAUCUUGAUGAGGGAGGCAAGAAGAAGAAAGCCAAAGACUGCAAGCUAGUUGACCAUGAGGAUUCUCCGCUGCCGUCAGACAAUCCGGAGAGAGAGCUGGUCACUGAGGCCGACAGGCAACUGCUCUUUCGCUUCCACCUCUAUGAGCAGAGCCAGGCACAGAUCCAGCAUGUGCUGCAGUACUGGGACCGAGCCCAGGGCCUCCUGCUGCAGUCCCUCUUCUCUGAGGAACAGCCUCAGGAGCUUGAGGAGGCCACUGAGCGUCAGGCAUCCUCUAGCAAGAAGGCCAAGAAGGAGCAGGAGAAGGAGAAAGUGGAGCGAGAGCGACAGGAGAAAGAGAAGCUGAAAGCUGAGCUCCUGACACCACCACCCAGCCUGACACACACGUUGCUUGGUGACACAGAAGCUUUAGAGAGGGAAGCGGUGCUGGAGGCCAUUCCCCAUAUCUGCAUCUCUGUCAGUGAGAAGGAGCAGCUGAGUGAAGAUGAACUUCUCAGAAGCUUGAAGCUGCCAUCUUUGGAGGAGGUUUUGGAUGGAUUGGGGCUUGGACCUAGUGGCCCACCAGUCCCUCCUCCCAUGCUGUUUUCAGUAGUCCCAUAUCCCAAGAGGAGAUUGGGUCCCAGUCCCCAGCUUAGCUGCUUCGGUCUCUUGGCACACUCAUCUCUGGAGGACAUGGCUGAGGAGAAGAAGAAGGCAGAAUUGGAGGUGGAGGCCCAGAGUCCCAUCAUCUCUGUCAAGGAUGAGGUUACAAGUCCAACUAGAGGAAAAGGUAAAAAGGCCUUGGUAAAGGAAGAGCCACCCAAAGAAAGCACAAAGGAAAAGAGACGAACUCCAGCUAAGAAAGGAGGGAAGAGUAUAGAAUCUCUUCCUACUCCACUCAUCACAGUCACCCCUUUCUCUGAAACUGACCAGGCCAGAUCUGUGGACAGCCAGUCAGGGCGUGGUCCAAGGCUCACUCAUUGCCGUUGGGUCGUGCCAGCGAGUGGAGAGGUGACCUUGAGGAUUUGGUUCAACUCAUCUGUUAAGGGAGAGUUUGAUCAAGUGCUCAGCUUUGAGGUCAUGGGGACCAAGCGCUGCUAUCAACUCUACCUGAGAGGCAUCUGCGCCUACCCGUCUGUCAGCAAAGACCAUAAGACGGUGUUUGCUCACUGUAAGAAAGUCUUGCAGCCUGAGAACGGCUUGCAGAAGGCAUACAUCGUCCGCUCAGGCCUAUAUGACUUUGGCCCGCUGCUCUGUGGGAAGACCAGAGACAGAUAUAAAGAAAAGAAGUACCCAGAAAACACAGAGACACUAGUAAUGCACAACAACUCCCCAAUGGAGGCAGAGGUUCAUUUCUGCUUCCAGCAUGACACCAAGGCCACCACGUUUCUCCUGGACCCGCCAAGCAUGAUCCUCAAGCCCAAUGAGAAAAAAGAGCUCAGAGUAUUGGCAUACCCCACCACCCCAGGCCUCAUAGAAGACAGUGUGGUGUGCUGCAUUAAGGAGAAUCCAGAACCAGCCAUCUUCCGGUUUGUCUGCAGAGGAGUCUGGCCAGAGCUGGAGGUGGAGCGCAAGCAACUCCACUUUGACAAGAUUCUCCUUCACAGGAGGGACACACGGAGCCUGUGCCUGCGGAACCCCACCGCCUUGCCAGUGGCCUGGCGGUUGAACGGCUUGGAGAAUCUGGGUGAUGAAUUUAGUGUAUCACAGGAUCAGGGCAUCAUCAUGUCCCACUCCGAGUUUUCCCUUCUCAUACACUUCCGAGCCAGGAAAGCCAUCAUCCUAAAGAAAGCCAUACGUCUAGAGGUGUCAGAUGUGGAGAAUAUUCUUGGUAUUGUCCACACAGAAAACAUUCAGAUCAUGGCAGAAGCUUAUGAUGUAGCUCUGGGCAUCACCUUCUCUAAAGGUGCAGAUGGUGAUCUGGACUUUGGAACAGUCAAAGUAGGAGAAGAAGUGAAGUUAUUGGCUAAUCUGAAAAACAAAGGAAAAUAUGAAAUAGCCUACAAGUUCAUGCUUGAGUCCACAGAGCUCAACUCUAUCUUUACUGUUACGCCUGAGAAAGGCUCGUUGUACCCCAAUGACCGGCCUACCCCCGUCCAGUUCAUCUUUCACCACAACAGGGAGGUGUCCAUCAAAGAUCAGCCAAUCCUACGCUGCCAGGUUAUUGAGCCGAAUGUAGCAGAGGGUGGAGAAACCAUCGCCAUCAUACCCAUCAAAGUAUCUGCACAGUGCCUUUUCUCCAAAUACAGCAUCACCCCUCUGAAUGACAUCAACUUUGGUGCUCUGGUCUGCGGCUCUCGCAAGAUGCGAACCCUCGCUGUGGAGAACCAGGGUGACUUUGAGAUCCGUUUCACCAUUUCCAGAAUGUGUAAAGAUCUCCCGGUUCCCACAAUGAGGAGAGGUAUGGGGAAGAAGCCAUCAAGAGACAGUCACUCUGCAAAACCAUCUACUGCUGUCAAACUACGGCGGUCAGACUCAUUCCAGAAAGAGGCUGCUGUGCCCACCCAGACCCGUCUGACUAUGGGGGUGUUCUCCUUAUCGCCGUGUUUUGGCAUCUUGCCCCCUGGUGGUCAGCAAGUGGUCACUGUGGACUGCGUUGCAGAGCAGGCUGGCUACUGGCAAGAGUGCCUAGUGGUGGACAUCACUGACCGAGACCCUUCCGACAGCCCAGGAGGGAUUCCUUACAGUCUGAUAGCAGAUGUCUGCAUGCCAGAAAUAGCCUAUAAGGACAUUGCUUCAAUCUUUGAGGAGCACCGACUGUGUAAGAACAGUAACAUGUUACACUGUGAGCAGUAUCGGGAUGCUAUGGGCAUCUAUGUACAAGAUGAGAACAAGUUCAUCUUCAACAAUGUACUGGUAGGCCGGUCAGCCAAAGCCCGUUUCCGCCUCUCCAACCCUACCAAAGUGCCGUGUGAUCUCAGUCUGCAGGUCAAGGCUGUUCUUAAUAAGACAUCUGCGCGCAGCUCUGAGGCGUUUGAGCUGACACCUACACGAAUGACUAUCCCUAGCUACUCAUACGCCUUUGCUACAAUUACCUUUUCUCCUCAGUCCAUGCAGACCUAUUUUGGAGUGUUUGAGGCAGCUCUAGAAGGGGCAAGUGGUCUGCUCCCUGUAGGCAAGAGCAAAGUGCUGGUGUUUGAUUUGGUGGGAGAAGGCAAUUUGCCUUGUAUCACUGUUGUGAAACCGGCCCAGAGGACUGGCCGAGGACAACCGGUGCUGCAGUUCAAACGACUACUGGUAGGCAGAAGACAGACCCUUCCUGUGGUCAUCAAGAACAUCAGCAAUGUGUCUGCACAGGUAAUCAUUGAUCUACUUGACGAGAUGGGAGUGUUCGCACUUCGGUCAGCAUCAAACACUACAUUCAGCCAUAUCUCCUCCUCACCUGUAAGAAGUGACUCUGAAACAGUGAGGCAGACGGCUCAUUCGGCACACUUAACCCUAACAGCUGGGCAGCAGGCGGAGUUUGAGGUGGAGUUUCAUCCUGAGAUGGCUCAGUGUUUUGAGGCCAGCAUGCGACUGGAGGUACAAGACAACCAAUACGAAGAGACACUUGUGCAGCUUCUGGGUGAGGGUUACCAUGACAUCAUCUCUUUGGACAAUAUCAGCAGCAAGAUUCCUCAGGACCAGGACAGCACUGAAGCACCACCCACAGCCUGGUCUGACCUCCUGCACUUUGGAGACUGCCACAUAGGCUGCCUUUACCAUGAGACUUUCACCAUGAGCAACCACAGCAACGUAGAAGUGCUGCGCUUCGAGUGGCCUCCUGAUGGCCCGCAGCUGCGCUUCUCCCCCCAGAUGGGCCACCUCCAUGCUGGCUGCACGAAGGAGAUUACAGUGAGCUUCUGCUCAGAGCAGCCUUUGGUGCUGAGAGAGCAAGUUGUGAAGUGCAAACUCUGCCGGAUAACCUUCCAGCAGCCUGUGGACCAAGUGCCAGAUUGGGAUGACCUACGCCGAACCAUAAAGUGGGUGGAUGUGGGCAAGCAGGCCUCGCCCCAGCAGCCAGCUAAGAAGAAGGUGGUAGAGACGUAUCCAGAGCCUGUCCACUUGGUGGUGGAGAAUUCCUCUAGAGAGCUUGAACUGAGGAUCAGUGCCACGUGUGAUUACGCCACGUUUGAGUGUGAUGCUGAAUCCAUCCACUUCAAAGACACCAUGCUCUACCAGACCAGAGUCUUCCAGAUGCAGAUGGCCAACAAAGGCACUGUGGAACUGGAGUUCUCCUGGCAGGUUAUGAUGGAGACCUCUGGGAAGACCGUGUGCUUUAAUCAUGGAGACAUGACCCCUCGCUCUGCUCAGGGCAGUCGGACAGGUCUGCGGCCAGCCAGCUCUCUGGCAAGCGUUUCGUCUCUUCUGCUGGGAGAACCAGAGCUACCCCCCUUCAGUGUGGACCCUAGCAUGGGACUCAUCUGUCCUGGAGCCAGCCAGACCUUCCGCGUUCGCUUCUCUCCCCUGGAAGUGGCUGAGUAUGAGGCCAGGCUACUCUGCAGCAUCCCCAACCUGAAGGACAAACGAGGUCCUGUGAUUGUCCUGAGUGGCCGCAGCGUGCUUCCUUACUGCCAUUUCCACCUGAAAAGCUCAGAUUACCUCAGUGGCAUCAGACGCAACCCUGAGCUCUGUGACCCCCAUGGAGCCCCACUCAGGGCCACCCUGGAUCCCAACACUAAAGUCAUAGAGUUUACAUCCGUAGGGGUUGGCACAGUUAUCUGCAGGGAGUUCAGUAUUGUGAAUCCCACCAACAAGCCAUAUUCCUUCUUAUGGCGAUGUGAAGAUUUAGAAGCUAAACCUUUUACCUGCCUUACACCAAAGGACACCAUUGAGCCUGGCAAGAAGUUGGAGGUUUCAUUUAAAUUCCAGGCCAAGGAGCUGGAUCUGGUGGAGUCCUUCUGGACCUUCUUAAUCCCAGAGCAUAAGCUGUCAGUGCCCUUUCUGCUGGUGGGCACUGCCAGUGAACCAAUUGUGUACAUUGAUCAUGCUCACCUUAAUCUGGGCAGCCUUCUUAUCGGUCAUGAGAUCCGUAAAACUGUGUAUGUGGUGAAUGCAGAAGACAGACCCUUCAACUUCUCCAUUGAGGAAGCUUCUCGCCAUUCGGAAGCCUUCAGAGACAGCCUGCUGCUGGAGCCCAUGCAAGGGACGAUACCUCCUAAAGACAAGCUUCACCUUGUCAUAUCAUUCAUGCCCAUGCAAGAAGGACCCGUGGUGUUUAAUCUUCUCAUAGCGGUCAGAGGGAAGGCUCAGCCACUCACCCUGAAUGUGAAAGCAGAGUGCUAUAGCAUGAACACCUGUGUGCAGUAUGAGAGUCCAGAGGGAGCCUUCACUGAGCUUUCCCCUACUGACGUUCAUCUUGUGGACUUUAAAGUGGUGGAGCUAAGUGAUAAGUCCACCUGUGCCUUUGUGGUGUCCAACCCCGGGAAGAUCAUCUUGGACCUGCAGUAUGAGCUAACAGGGCCCGCAGAACUGCAGCGUCACCUGCAGGUGGAGCCGAGAACGGCUGUGGUGCCUGCGGGAGGACAUAAUCGCUGCAGCCUCAGCUUCUUUCCCCUGCAGAAAUGCAAUCUCAAAGGCAUGGGCUUCUCAGUCAAGGUAAAGAAUGGCCCAGUUUUUCAUUGUUCUUUGCUGGGUUCAGCCGUUGCCCCAGGCCUGGAGUUUUCUUUCCUUAAGUUCAACUUCGGAGCGAAUUUCGUCUACUCUGCCGGCAUGGUACCUGCAACACACACACUGCUCAUCAGGAAUAAAGGGCAGAGAGGAAUCAGUGUGGACUGCUUAUACUCUUCCACCCCUUUUCUGGAAGUGAGCUUCACUCCUGAGGUGCUACCCCCAGGUGGUUGCAUGGAGGUGCUUUUCACAUUCUACCCCAGAGAAACUGUGCGCUACCACGAGAAGGUGGUCUUUGAAAUCAACGAGUGUGCCAAGCAGUUAGUGGAAAUCCUGGGGCAAGGAAUCGAGAUGAAGAUUGAUGUUGAGGAUCCAAAACACAAGGUUGUGAAGCUGGGAGCCCUGCAGGUGGGCCAAAAGAGCAAAAAACUAAUCCCUUUGAUCAACAACAGUCACUCAUCGCUGACCUUCUCUCUCCUGUUCACGCCCUCGGCACGCGCUCUGUUGGACUCUAGGGUUCUGUCCCUGCGUCCGGAUCGGGAGGUGAGCCUGCAGGGUGGAGGGGGGAGAUGUGUGGUGGAGGUGGUCUUCACUCCUCAGCAGCGCAUGACUCCUUUCAGUGAGCAGCUGCAGCUGAAGUGUUUAGGCACUGUGAGCCCCCUGCUGGUGCUGCAGGGCUGCUGCCAGGGCAUGGAGGUCACACUGGACCAGGACUAUGUGGCCUUUGGGGCUGUAGCCCAGCGCUGCCAAGCCACACGCCGCAUUGUCCUACAGAACACGGGUGACAUCGGGGCUAAGUUCCGAUGGGAUAUGAAGUGUUUUGCUCUGGGCUUCAGCAUCUCUCCUGCUGAGGGCUAUAUCUCUCCAGGAAUGGAGGUACCUUUGGAGGUGACCUUUGCUCCUGUAGAGGUGAGGCAGGAUGUGCGUUAUGAUAACCUCUGCUGCUCCAUUGAAGGAGGCAAGCCUGUGACCCUCACCCUGGCUGGCUCUUGCAUCGCCCCACCAGUUGCCAAUCAGGUGGUAAACUUUGUGUGUCAGGUACGCAGCCAGUGCACUCAGUCUCUUAGCCUGUCUAACCGUACGAACCAGCACUGGAGCUUGAAGCCAGUAAUUGAGGGUGAAUACUGGAGUGCCUCGCCCUCCUUUGCCAUUGAGCCCUACCAGCAGAACAAGGCCUAUGAGAUCACUUACAAACCCUUGGUCAUGACUACAGAUGGCAAAAAGCAUGUGGGCUCUGUCUUCUUCUCUUUCCCCGAUGGCUCAGGCAUGCUCUACACCCUGCAGGGCGUGGCCGAACCACCUAAAGCAGUGGGCACUAUCAGCCGUGAGGUGCCCUGCAAGACGCCAUACACAGAGAUACUGCCUGUUCAGAACUGGCUGCCCAAACCACAAAGGUUCCGUGCCGUAGUGGAGGUGAUUAAGCCUGAACGACCAGACAACACCGUCUCCCUGAAGGGCCUGGAUUACGUGGACGUGUCUGCGCUGGCCAAACGGGACUACAAAAUCUCCUUCUUCAGCUACAAAGAGGGCCAAUACAAUGCCAAAGUGACCUUUAAGAAUGAGGUUACAGGAGAAUACCUGUUCUACUACCUCAACUUCAAGGCCACUCCCCCAGGAGUGAUUAGCACUGUUGAGAUGGUCUCUGCAGCCAGGCAGACUACUUCAGCUUCUGUGACAGUGGAUAAUCCAUUACAUACAAACCUUGUGUUCUCUACUGAGUGUCGCAGUACAGACAUCAGCAUGUCCUCCCAGCUCCCAGUGCCUGCGCUGUCCACGGGCACCUUGAAGUUUGAGUAUCAGCCUUUGCGUAAAGGGGAGUCCACGACUCGACUGACACUACAUAACAGUGAACUGGGUUUCUUCCAUUAUGAGCUGCUGCUCCGGGCUCUCCCCGCCCUUCCUGAGAAACCUCUCUAUUUCAGAGCCCCGCUGGGCAGCAGCCACUACCUCACUGCCAAGUUCACCAACUAUUCCCGUGUCAAGGCCGAGUACGCCUGCAAGACAGACUGUCCAGACUUCAUUGUGGACAAGAACAUAACAGUGGCGGCGGGCUUCCAGGCAGGCAAUGAUGCCAGUGUGGAGAUCUGUUUCGAGCCCAGCCAGCUGGGUGAAGUACGAGGCCUGCUCACGGUUUCAUCCAGCUUCGGUGGCGAGUAUAUGUUCCCACUGUAUGGCACCUGCACCCAUCCCAAAGCUCAGGGCCCUCUGACCAUCCGCACUGGCUCCAACAUCUCCAUCCCCUUUAAGAACAUCUUCCCGCAAACCACCGCUUUCUCCUUCCAUGUGGAUAACCCAGCCUUUACUGUCAAGGGUGCGGACACCAUCCGGUCCAAGAAGACCCACAACAUUCUGGUGGCCUACGAGGGCUCUCCGGCAGAUGGCAAGGCCCCUUGCACAGGGAAGCUGAUCGUCUCCAGCCCACGGACAGAGGGCCAUGGACAGAGCCUCUCCUGGGUGUACUACCUAAAGGGCUUCUGCCCAGAGCAACCUCAGAGAGAGAAGACAGCGUAGAGUGCUGAGAUCCAGAGAACAAAUACUGCAAUAAGCUAUGUUUUCCUCAAGAUUUAGUUUUCAUAAUAAAUAAAUGCUUUAGAGAUAAAAAAGUG